GCGAAGGAGCGCGAGCCAGGCAGGACAGGCAGUUUCCUUUUUCCUUCUUCUCUCCGUACACCUGUCCAUCCGCACGCGCGCCCGCUCUUUCCUCUUCCGUCCAUCCCGCGCGCGUGCAUGUCCUCCACCGAGAAGCUGCGCGCGCUCAGCCUGGAGGAGCCGCGCGAGCACACAACGGUAUCAGGUGUUGAUGUGCAGGUGAUGGGGGACACAUGUUCACAUAAACUUGGCUCAGCGAAGCUCCUGAAGCUCAUAAUCAUCAUCCUGCCCUGUGUGUGUGGCCUCAUCUGCCUCCUCACACUGCUGCUUGCCUUCACAGGAAUAAUCGGAAAUGGGCUGCUUGACUCCAGUGACUCCGCCCCUCUCUCUACCACAGAUGUUUCCAUGGCAACCGUCAUCCCCCUUGUUACCGUAACUAUGGAUCGCCUCACUGUUAGUAACACCACGGCGACGACAUCAUAUAUCAGCACGGGAUCGUUCCAUCCAGAAUCACUUUCCGCUGACCCUUUGAUUUCUGACACAUCAUCUUCCUCAUCAUCAUCAUUUCCGUUGGAUGUUACACCUGUGCCAACUGCUGAUUGGUUAAUGAGUUUUUCCACCAUAAGUGCUCUGUCGAGUGUUGAACCCACAAGCACAAACAUUGAACCUGGUGCGUGCUAUGACAUCACAGAGGCUCAGUGUCACAUGUUGCCAUAUAACCGGAGUGGCGUGUUGCCGGGAGCGAUGGUGGUGAAGCAUGGAGAGAUGGAGAUGUUCCUGCGCUUCUUCACAUACCUGAACAGACUAAAUUGUUACUCACACAUCAUGCUGUUCGGCUGCAGCAUUGCACUGCCGCAGUGUGUCACUGAUGGGGGCGACACGCGUGUGAUUUUUCCAUGUCAGUCAUUCUGCGAGGCGGCAAAGGAGGGAUGUGAAUCUGUUCUUCAGAUGUUUAACGCCUCCUGGCCUGACUUCCUGCGCUGCUCACAGUUCCUCAAUGUCACCAUGGCAACAUCUGGAGUCACACCCACCUGCUACACCCCACGCCACGCCAAAGGCCGAGCCUCUGUGUGUGGAGGCACUGACAGCUUCCUCUGUACAACAGGAAUUUGUGUCCCCCAGAAACUGGUGUGUAAUGGGUUUAACGACUGCGAUGAUUGGAGUGAUGAAGCCGACUGUGUGUGUUCAGAAAAAGAGUUCACAUGUGGUACUGGCCGCUGCGUGAACGUGUCUCUGCUGUGUGACGGGUAUGACGACUGUGGGGACCUCAGUGACGAGCACAACUGCAAGUGUGAUACACUGAAGGAGCAUCAUUGUGGAGAUGGACGCUGCAUUCCGCUGGAGUGGCUCUGUGAUGGAGAUCAUGACUGCCUGGACAAGAGCGAUGAACUCAACUGCUCAUGUAAAGCACAGGGCUUGUUGGAGUGUAAAAAUGGACAGUGUAUCCCCAGUGCCUUUCGCUGUGAUGGUGAGGAAGACUGCAAAGAUGGCAGUGAUGAAGAAAACUGCACAAAGCAGCUGCUUCACACCUCGUGUCUGCCAGGUCAGCCCAGUUGUAUUUCCACUUCCUGUUCUCCUGGUUGUAGUGGAGGUGGUCCCUGUGAGCCGCGCAACACCAGCACUAAUUGCAGCGGCUGUGAGCCAAUCUCAUUGGAGCUGUGUAUGAACCUGCCGUAUAACACCACACGGUUUCCUAACUAUUUGGGCCACCAGUCUCAGAAGGAGAGCUCAGUGAGCUGGGAGUCUUCCCUCUUCCCUGCACUCGUUCAGACAAACUGCUACAAAUACCUCAUGUUCUUUGCCUGCACUGUCCUCGUGCCAAAGUGUGACCCGCUAACACACCAGAGAGUGCCACCUUGCAGGUCUCUCUGCAGGAGUUCUAAAGAGCGUUGUGAAUCGGUGCUGAGCAUUGUGGGAUUGCAGUGGCCUGAGGAAAUGGACUGCGCUCAGUUGCCUGAGGAAGGACAAGAAAAAACAUCCUGUCUUCUUCCUGACCCAGAUGUAGAAGAGUGUUCACCCAGUCACUUCAAGUGCCACUCAGGGAGGUGUGUGCUCUCCUCCAAACGCUGUGAUGGACACAUGGACUGCGACGACGACAGUGAUGAGGAGCACUGUGGUUGUACAGAGCGUGGACUGUUCGAAUGCCCCUCAGAUAAAUCCUGCAUUAAGAACUCAAUGAUCUGCGAUGGUUUUCCUGACUGCAGCCUCCUGGAGGACGAGAAGAACUGCUCACUGUGUAAUGAUAACGAGCUGGAGUGUAAUAAUCAUGAGUGUGUGCACCGGACUCUGUGGUGUGAUGGGAGGAAGCACUGCACCGACAGCUCAGACGAGUGGAACUGUGUCUCUCUCUCUAGCAAGGUGCUGUUGGUCAGUAAGACGGCAGUGGAGUAUCAGGUUUGUGCUGAUGAGUGGAACCCAGAGCUCAGCACCAUCGCUUGCAAACAGCUGGGUUUAGGAGCUCCUCUGUCAACUGAAGUGAUGGAGGAUGCGUACAGCGCUGGGAGGAGGCGCUGGCUUCAUGUUCAUCCUAAAUGGAGAGACCGUAACAACACUGCACUGCAGGGGCUUUUGGAGAAAAGAGGGCAUUCCUGUCACUCACGCAAGAAGAUUGCUCUUCAGUGCACCAGAGGCGAGUGUGGGCGCAGGCCUGCAGCACGGAUGGUUAAAAGAAUUCUGGGAGGUCGCACAAGUCGACCAGGUCGCUGGCCAUGGCAGUGUUCUCUACAGAGCGAGGAGAGCGGCCAUAUCUGUGGCUGUGUCCUGAUCGGGAAGAGAUGGGCUCUCACUGUGGCCCACUGCUUCGAGGGACGAGAGAGUGCAGAUGUGUGGAAGGUGGUGUUGGGGAUUAAUAACCUGGACCACCCGUCCACACACACUCAGACACGGAAUGUGAAGAGUGUGACAGUGCACUCACGCUACAAUCGCGCUGUGGUCGAUUAUGACAUCAGCAUCAUCGAGCUGGACAAGGACGUGCACAUCAGUAGCCAUGUACGGCCCGUGUGUUUACCCGAGCCUGAAAACACACGCACACCCGACACCUACUGCUACAUCACCGGCUGGGGGCACAUGGGCAACCGCAUGCCCUUUAAGCUACAGGAGGGUGUGGUCAGGGUGAUCUCUCUUUCUCAGUGUCAGUCGUAUUUUGAUAUGAAGACCAUCACCUCUCGUAUGCUCUGUGCAGGUUAUGAGGCUGGAACCAUCGACUCCUGCAUGGGUGACAGCGGUGGUCCGUUGGUGUGUGAGGACCCGGACGGUCGCUGGACUCUGUAUGGUCUGACCUCAUGGGGCUCGGUGUGUUUCUCCAAAGUGCUUGGACCCGGAGUGUAUGCCAAUGUCACGCACUUCACUGAGUGGAUCAGGAGACAGAUCUACUUACACACCUUCCACCUGGUCUAGGACACACACACACACACACACGUAUCCUGGAAUGGAAAUGAGAAAAGGAAAAAUUAAAUAUAUGCUAUCUAAUCAUUCCAGAAGGGUGUGUGUGUGUGUGCGCGUGUGUGCACAUGCGUGUGACUAAAUUGUGACUCUUUGGUCUUAGGAGCGGCCUUUUUAUCAUAUGCAUUACAUAAAGAAAAAUCAAAGGCCACUUUGUGUCUGUGUCUGCGUGUCUGCGUGUGUGUGUGUGUGUGUGUGUGUGUGUGUGUGUGUGUGUGUGUGUGUGUUAAUUAUUGACUGUUAAAUGUUGCUGCUAUCUUUGUUACUUGUUGCCAAACUGCCACAGUAGACAUGUUAAUGUUGAAAAGUGCGUGAGUGAGUGUGUGUAUGUGUGUUUCCCCUGCCUAUUAAGCUCAGUGUUAAAAUUAUGUACUUGUGUCGCCUAAAAUUGAUGUGUAAAACACAAAAGAAAAGCUGGAGGGGUGUGUGUGUGUGUGUGUGUGUGUGUGUGUGUGUGUGUGUGUGUGUGUGUGUGUGAAAUACUUGUGCUUCUACACUUGUGACACUUGACAUUCAUAGCUGUUUACAUUUAAACAUGUUACGUGUAAAUUUAUUUAGAACAUCAUGAUUUUUUUUAAAAUAUGACACUUGUUGAAUUAAAGCAGCUUAAUUUUUUCACAUUAU